AUGACGGACGCAAAAUCGAUGGAAAAGGCGUCGCCGGACGAGAUCUCAACGGCUACGGAUGUCCCAGAAGCCACGACAAAGCCGGUUUGGGAGCGACGUCAGAUGAAAGAUCUCGAACGGUGGGACAGUCAAUCCGAGCCAGAGCUUUCAGAUACGGAGAACGACGGGAAGAUGGAGUGUGAGCCAGAGUCGGAGUCGGGGUCAGAGGCGGAGACGGACUCCAGUGUAGGAUCCGACGACUACGACUCGUAUAACUAUCCCGUCUUCAAAUGGCCAUCACGCUAUAUCUGCACAGAUCGUCAGGGCGAGGCUUUGUGGUAUGUGCGGGAAAGCCUUGCCAUUCAGUCCGUCACCUCCAUCUACGAGUUUCCAGGCGACCCAGACAAAAAGGCAUAUAUGCUGGCCGAGUGCAUUUACGCCUGGUUCAAGAUGUUUCCUGAGGAGACACAGGUUAUUUUCACUUGGUACUACGAAGCCAUCCAGCAAUGCCCUCAGGACUAUCCGCUGGUGCAAAUGCAUCCGCUGAUGCAAACGCUGGUAAAAUGCGCCGCCAUCUUGACCAAGGAGUGUUUCCGAGGACGCGAGAACAGUCUCGGUCCCGAGGAGUAUAGGCGAAGUGGCAUUGACGAUCUCUGGUUUCUGUUCAGAGACCAAUGGGACAGUUUCGAUCCAAGUUCUUCGAGGACGAAAGCCCUCCAGAGAGAGAGAAACAAAGUCACAUUUCUCGCCCACGUCGCACGUCUCGGGGAGAUGGAAUGCGACCAGUUCUGCGCCACGAUGAUCCCCGGUCGCGUCGACGAGGACACAACUACUCACUUUAUGACCGAAGAUUUCUUUCGAAGUGCCGGCGACGUGCGUCGACAUUCUCCGGAGCAAUGGCUGCUGUGGAAGCAGCUGAUACGGAUCCGGGCCGAGAGCGAUGUGAUCAUGCAGCGCAGCCCCGACACCGUCUGCUCCUUACAAAAUGCCUACGACAAGAUGGGGGAGAUAGAUGCGGCCAUCUAUGCAGAGCACCCGGAGUAUCCACGAGCAGACGGAGCAGAUCUGGCACCAGUGCCGUCCUGGCAUGUGUCCAAAGAGGGGGUGGAGGAGAAGGAGGGGAAGGUCACAUCCACCACAUCCACUACAGCCUCACGCUUCAUGACAGCUUUCCUCAGCGCCAUCACCCGCCUCGUCCACCUGUCUGUCCGCGGCUCCGGCAAGAUGUCCAUCGUCGACGGCUCAGGCACCUCUGCGCCUGCGUCUGCAGCGUCUGCGCCCACGCCCCCGGGCGCCCAGAUCGCCACGGUCGCCGCAGGCUGCUUCUGGGGCGUCGAGCACGCCUACCGGCAGCACUUUAAAGCGGACGGCGGUCUCUACGACGCGCGCGUGGGCUUCGUCGGUGGCGACACGACCAGCCCGUCGUACCGCUCUGUCUGCAGCGGCACUACCGGCCACGCCGAGGCCACGCGGCUCGUCUACGACCCCGCCCGCAUCAGCUACCGUCAGCUGGUCGAGUUCUUCUACCGCAUGCACGACCCCACGACGCCCGAUCAACAGGGCGCCGACCGUGGCUCCCAGUAUCGCAGCGCCCUCUUCUUCCACGACGCCGAGCAGGAGCGCAUCGCCCGCGAGAUCACCGCCCAGGCCAACGCCCAGUGGUGGGGCGGCCGCAUCGUCUCCGAGAUCCUGCCCGCACAGCAGUGGUGGGACGCGGAGGAGUACCACCAGCUGUACCUCGUCAAGAACCCGGACGGCUACCAAUGCUCAAGCCAUCACGUCCGGCCCUUUCCCGAGCUCAAGUAG